GCAUGCAGUAGUAGCGGUAAAUUGGCAUUCGGUGCAGCGAAAGCAGUCUUUGAUGCGGUGAAAAAACCAGAAGUACAACAUGGCCUGAUUGCGGCAAGUGAAAAUGAAACAGCACGUACAGCUGUGCAGAAAGCACUGCAAGACGAGAAAACGUUGACGACGGUUUCAAAUAUUGCUAAGGCCUAUGAAAAGCACCAACAACAGCAGCAUCAGCAGCAGCAAAAAGAUCUGAUUAAUUUAAGUAGUUCAGCUGAGGAUAUUCAUGGAAGAGCUUCCGGAAGUAGCGCAAGCAAGUGGCCACAGCAACAGCUCUACCCACCACUUCCUUCAUCUCGAGAUUAUGCACCACCACCUUCAACGGAUUUCAAGAAAAGCAACAAUUUUGCAGCUAUUCACGACCAGCUAGCUUCUCUGAAUUUGUAUCAACCUGAUUCAGUGAAGAAGGCGACACUUCGACCACAAUCACAUCACAGUGCAGCUCUGGAGACGCCUAGUUCUGGAACAUUGCAGGAAGAAUUACCGCAUGGAAAUGCUAUAUACAGAUUCCAGGCAUCAAAUUUUGAUGAGCUUUCGAUCGAGCCAGGCGAUGUGAUCGUCUUGGAAAAGAAGGUCGAUGAAGUUUCAUAG